AUGUCAAAUUUUUUAUUAUAUUAUUUUAUAAUUGUUAUAUUUAUAUUUGGAUGUAUUGUUUUUAUUUCAACCCGAAAACAUUUAUUGUGUACUUUAUUAAGUUUAGAAUUUAUAGUUUUAAUAUUAUUUAUAUUAUUAUUUUUUAUAUUAAAUUUUAUAAAUUAUGAAGGGUACUUUAGAAUGUUUUUUUUAACUUUUUGUGUUUGUGAAGGAGUUUUAGGUUUAUCAAUUUUGGUAUCUAUAAUUCGUACUCAUGGUAAUGAUUAUUUUCAAAGUUUUUCUAUUUUACAAUGUUAA